AUGGAGAUUUUCGCCGUUCGAGCAUCGAACUCAUCGUCUACUGUGUCAGCCAGCGCGAUCUCUGCCACUACUGCCACAAACCGUGAAUGUGAAGUAGCCGAUGACGAAUUGACCAAUGACAUCGAGCACGAAGAUACUGCUGAAGAAACAUUGGAUCUCAACUGGAACGAUCAGGACGAAGAGGAAGCGUUGUGUAAACAAUUUUCACUCGAUUAUACGACCAAGGCAGUCGAAUUCUAUAGCGAAAUUAAUCCAUAA